AGUUUUACAAAAAGAAAAUACAGUAUGGCCGCCAGUGAUUGUCGCGUGAAGUGUUUCUCUUAGAAAAUUGCUAAAAUGUGCCCCUUCCGUGUGCUGUAAAUAACUGAAAAUGUGUACAAAAUUGUGUGUGUAGUGCUGUGAAGCGAGGACACUGGGUGGAUAACGCAAGGGUGAUCGAGGCACAACAAUUAGCUAAGUUAGAUAAUGGCGGAAGAAUGUGUGGUAGUUGCCAGUAUAAAUGAAUCAAGAUUCUCAGAAGUGUCGCAAGACAUUGCAAAUGAUUCGAGCGAUGAGCUGAUAAUAAGUGGUGAUGGUGAUGAGAUAAAUUCCCUCCCGUAUGACAAUACGCCUCUUGUGAGCCUCAAUAAUUCCACAUCGGAUCUAAAUGGGGCUGUGGCAUCUGAUAGUACCCUAUCAACAUCCCCAACCUACUCAGCCAUGUCUCCAGUGGCUCUGGUUGAGGAUGUUGUGGACACGGGGGCGCCUCAGGAUACAGAGGCAAUGGAAUGUGAGGAAACGGCAAAGGGGGAGACAAAGCACGUGAAAGUGGAGAUGAUUUUCGAUGCACCUGUUGUUGAUGAUGACCAUAAUGAUGAUGAUGAUGUUGAUGAUGCUGGUGAAGAGAAUGAUGCCAAGUCGACAAAGCAAAAUCACCGACAGAAAGGUGCAUCAUCCGAGGUGAGACGAGUGAGUGUCGAGGAAUCGGUGGCUGACAAGAGUGGUUCACAGUCCGAUGGCACAGGAGAUAGUGGGGCAGCGGAGGAUGAUGCUAGUGGUAGGGUGAGGGACGAAGUGGUUGGAAUGUGCGUGAAAAAAGUGUCUUGCAAGCAGCAGAGUGGGGCGUCGUGCAGCAAGACGAGUGGGCCAAAAGUCCGGCACGCUCCAGCAGCUGCCGAUGAGGAUUCGGCAGUGGAGGGAAUUGUGACUGGACGGAGUCUGGGAAUGGUGAUGGUGGGGCAGGAGGAUGAUGGUGGAAGGGUGAAUGCCCAGGCGGAGGAUAAAGUGCCAUCUGCCGCUGUGGCAUCUUCAUCGACAUCACCCACGGUGACGUUGGGCGAUGAUUUUGGACCGGAGGAGGAUCAUGCCGUAGAUGAUGCCAUCUACGACGAGAAUGACGUGCAAUCGAUGGAUGCAAUUGAGAGAAGAGACUUUGAGCGGGAGCAACAGCUCAUCGGUGGAGUUAUCAUUCGCAAUGAUACUCUAACAAAUGCCGAUAAUAAGCUCAAGCUCAAUAUUCUCAAUCAUUUUGCCACUGCCAAUCAGGAGGAUGUAAAGAAGGAAAAGGGAAGUGCUGAGAAUUGUGUCUCAACGACACCAACGAGCAGUCGAUGUGCGAUGCGAUCGUCAAAGGUGAAGGUGAAUCUGUCUAGUUGUCUGGUGUCCAAGACAAAUGGUGAUCAGGAUGAUGCUGAGGAUGAUGAAGAAAUUGAUCCUGAUGAGUCAAUUGUAAAUAGUCAGAGGAAGUCAUGUAGGCGAACCCAUUUGUUUGGAAUGGAGGAUCGUGAAUCACCCAAGGAAUCACAAUUUGAUGCCAUUGUCAAUCAUAAUUCCAAUGAUAGCCUCUCAUCGGAUCGAUCAUCAAUCAUUGUGCCCUACAUCACACCGUUGGAAGUGACAGGAAAGUCUGAGGAUGCUGCUGGAGGUCCAUCAACGUCAGGAUGUAGCAAGGCUUGUGCGUCAACUUCCACAGCACCUGGACCAUCGAAACCACCUCUGAGCACGUCCUCAGUCACAGCUGCCACACAAACCACCUCAUCUCAGACUUCGCCUACUUGUCAGUUUGCCGGAGAUGGAGAUAUCGAAUUGCCAGCUGGAGGACAUGGCUUCCUGGAUGUUGAUGAUGUCCAGGAGGGUUCAAGUCGCUUGAUGGUAGAUUCGGGAGAAGCUUCAACUUCCAGGCGAACGGGAAGGUUGAAGCCUCUGGAAGCGGCUCUUCUGGAGCCAGAAGCUCCCAUAACAAUUCCACCAGAGUCUGAACAUGAUUUCGGGGAGGAUGACGCUUGGGGGGAUUGCGAUGAGGGAUCAGAUGUGGAGGAGGUUUGCACCUGCAGAGAGUACACAGACGAGGAGAAUGCGGCAAGUAGCGAGGAUGAGCUGCUGCCGUCUCGUGACGUAGAUCUAUCCGGUUACACGUAUGACUAUGUACACGAGACGAGCGGAUCUGAGACUCCACGGGUUAGUCGGAAACGCAAAAUCAGUGAAAUGGUCUACCUAGAUGGAAGUUUUAUGGAGAGUGGUGGAGUUUCGGGGCGCAAACGCAUCACAUUGGAGAGUAGUAAGUUAGUGGUAAAGGUGUCCUUGCUGUCACCAUCGUCCUCCACAACAACAUCUCCCAGUACUGUAACCAGUCCGAGUACGUGUGGUGAGAAGAAGACACCACGUUCGAUUAUCCCGACCAAAGAUAAUCCACCGCCUGAGUUGGGUGACUGGUUGGUGCAGUUUCAGCGUUGGACGCAACCAGAGCGUCUGCUGGCGCUGGAUCGAUUGAUAGAUCUGUGCGAGCCGACGCAGGUGCGUCAUAUGAUGAAGGUGAUUGAGCCACAGUUUCAGCGGGACUUUAUAUCGUUGUUGCCCAAGGAACUGGCCCUGCAGGUGUUGUCGUAUUUGGAACCGAGGGAUCUGCUACGUGCUGCUCAGACCUGUCGCAACUGGCGCUUCCUCUGCGAUGAUAAUCUACUGUGGAAGGAAAAGUGCAAGAGGGCAAGUAUCAUCAUUGAAGGGGCUACGGAUAGGCCAAAGCGUGGAAGAGCAGGAAAUAUGCCACAUAUUUCUUCACCAUGGAAAGCUGCUUACAUCCGGCAGAGCAUCAUUGAGAUGAAUUGGCGCUCGAGGCCAGUUCGGAAGCCAAAGGUGCUGAAGGGGCAUGAUGAUCAUGUAAUCACAUGCCUCCAAUUUUGUGGCAACAGAAUCGUUUCUGGAUCCGAUGACAACACUCUUAAAGUCUGGUCAGCCAUCACGGGAAAGUGCCUUCGAACACUUGUAGGACACACAGGUGGUGUAUGGUCGUCCCAGAUGUCGGCCAACAUCAUCAUUUCAGGCAGCACCGACAGGACGUUGAAAGUGUGGAAUGCAGACUCUGGACAAUGUAUCCAUACACUCUAUGGACACACAUCCACAGUCAGGUGUAUGCAUCUGCAUGGCAACAAAGUCGUUAGUGGUUCCCGCGAUGCAACUCUUCGAGUGUGGGAUGUGACUCGUGGAAUCUGCUUGCACAUCCUUGUGGGUCAUUUGGCGGCUGUGCGCUGCGUUCAGUACGAUGGCAAACUGGUAGUGUCGGGGGCUUACGAUUAUAUGGUGAAAGUGUGGAAUCCAGAGAAGGCUGAGUGUUUACACACGCUUCAGGGUCAUACCAAUCGUGUCUACUCACUACAGUUUGAUGGUAUUCACGUAGUGUCUGGUUCACUGGAUACGUCAAUUCGUGUCUGGGAUGCCGAGACGGGGAGUUGCAAGCAUACUCUGAUGGGACAUCAGAGCCUCACGUCCGGAAUGGAGUUGAGGCAGAAUAUUUUGGUGUCUGGGAAUGCCGAUUCGACUGUCAAAGUGUGGGAUAUUCUCACGGGACAAUGCCUACAAACACUUUCAGGACCAAAUAAACACCAAUCAGCUGUUACUUGCCUGCAAUUCAAUUCUCGCUUUGUUAUCACGAGCUCCGACGAUGGAACUGUGAAGCUAUGGGACGUAAAGACUGGAGAAUUCAUUAGGAAUUUAGUGGCUCUGGAUUCGGGUGGAUCAGGCGGAGUUGUAUGGAGAAUAAGGGCCAAUGAUACCAAGUUGAUCUGUGCCGUGGGUUCCAGGAAUGGAACCGAGGAGACCAAGUUGAUGGUACUGGACUUUGAUGUUGAAGGUGCCUGCUUAAAAUGCUCAUAAGAAGGAUGAAUGGUCUGUGUUUCAGCUAAUUCAGGUUAAACACAAUUAACAAAAUUUUAAAAGAAAACAAAAA